AUGGCUCUUAAUCUACGCCGUUAUAAUGGCUGGAUACCCAGCCGCAAGGCUUACGACGCUUAUUUUAGCGAUCUAGUGCGUGGUGCGACCACCCGGAGUAGAGCACUAUCCACACAUACUCCACCCGUGAAGGAGUUCGAACAAGCUAUUCGGGCUGACCCCGCCAUGGUCAAAUUAUUCGAUGACGUUUUCCUGCAAGCACCUGAACUGCCGAGCCAGAUUCCCGAUUUCGAUCAUUUCUUGCAUAUACUCGACCUUAUCGUCGGCGAGCCUCCCAAGUUCAAGGUUGUGGAGGAGGGUGGGUUCUCCGAACCUAUUGGUGUUCCGAUGUACAUCCUAUUCGAUCUCCUCAGUAACACCGCCGCGGCUUACGACCUAUUCCGUAUGAAGGCAUUCAACCAGGCGUUGAAGAAGCUCUUAUGUAGCUGGGGCGAAUACCUCUUAACGGAUGAUUCCGGCAAAACGCUUACUAACAAGCCUGAUGGCUGGUUCAGUGAUGCGGCCAUGACGAUAUUGGAGGAAGGUCGUGGUAAAUUCAACGAUACAUAUGUGAUUCUCGAUGAAAAUGCCGUCAAUCGAGGAUACAAGUCAUGGGACGCGUUCUUCACUAGAGGAAUCAAGCCCGAAAAGCGCCCCGUCAUACCACCAGCAGAGGGCAAACCCGUUAUCUAUAAUGCUUGCGAAUCCACCGUUGAGCGUUAUAAAUUUCACGUCAAGAAGCACGACAAGUUCUGGCUCAAAGGCACGAUGGAUUACUCCUUGUGCGACAUUUUUGACGGGGACAAAGAGACUGCUGAACUCUUCGUCGGCGGGACGGUUUACCAGGCAUUCCUGAGUCCUCAAGACUAUCAUCGUUGGCACAGCCCCGUCAAGGGCACAGUCAAGCAAGCGCGUAUUGUAGAUGGAACUUAUUACGCCGUUUUGCCAGACGAAGGUGAAAAUGGCGACCCACGUGGUACUCUGAUCCGCAGCCAGCCUUGGCUCACAGUGGCUGCUACCCGCGCCAUAAUCACCAUCGAGGCAGACGAUCCAAAAAUUGGUCUUGUGGCUUUCAUCGGAAUCGGAAUGGCAGAAGUGUCCACUUGUCAGUUAUCGAUCGGGGCAGGCGAUAGUGUUGCCCCGGGGAAGGAGAUUGGGAUGUUCCACUUCGGGGGAUCUUCUCAUGCACUCAUCUUCGGUCCUAAGACCAAGAUUACUUUCUCAGACGAAGUUAAACCUGGCCAACAUCUUCACGUGAAUAGGAUCAUCGCCGCUGUUGACCAGUAA